AUGAAGUCGAGUUUUGGCGACACGGCGUCUCUAGUGGAGACGAGCUCCGCCGUCCACAAUCCUGACUCGUUAUGCCGAAGCUCUCAAUACCGUUCCUGCUUAUUCCGCAGCGGUUCCGAUUUUCUUUCCAAUCCGAAUCUCAGCUCGCCGAAAAAGCGCUCAACAACUUCUUCAACGCUGGAGAUCUUGCAAGACGCCGCCGACUCGAUCACGUGCGCGACCGAUGCGACAACAUGUAAUACAGAAGAGCUGAUAAGCCCGGAGUUUCGCCCAAAAUCGUCGCGAUCGCGGUUCGACAAGAAUCCUGUGCCGUCGGGCUUAACGCCUAUCAAGCAAAAUGAUAAUGACACGAAAAAGUUAGAAGCUGAGCAGCGAGAGCGAGAAGCUAAAGAGAAGAUAAAGCGAAAUUCGGAGGGCUAUCAAAACUGGCUCAAGCAAAAGGAGGAACACGAGAGACGCCUGAGGGAAGAAAAAGAACGCAGGGAUGAGUUAAGAAGCAAAAGAGCUGAAAAGGAGCGACAGAAGAAAGCUGAAGAAAAGGAAAAGGCGGAGGAAAAGUUUCAAGAGUGGCGAAAGGCCAAGGACGAAGCGGAGAAAAAAGCCAAACAAGCUGCCAAGGAGAAGCGGAUUUUGGAGCAGAAAGAGGCGGGGAAAAAACGAGAGGAAAACGAAAAGAAAUUCAAGGAAUGGCUCAAAAAGGUCAAUGAAACUAAUCCAAAGGAGAGUGAAGACGUGUUUACAAACAAACCGUGGGUGCCGCCAAUUCCGAAGAGCAUUCCGACCAAGAGAAAGCAGAACCGACCGCAGAGCGCGAGACCUGCUGGCCGUCCUCGAUCAGCGAUUCAAUCCAAGCCGCUGAUUAUUACUCGUCAAUCUACUUGCUUCGUCAACUGGUCCUGA